CUGCGGUAGCGCUUUUAUUGUGAAAUUAACUCGAGCCGGAAGUGUUUUUCCAGUUAGCUCAGCUCAGCUAGCGAUGGACCUGUCUAGAGAAACAUCGUGGAGGACACCCCGGUCCUGUGAUGAUUAUUGGAGUGAAUACAAACAUUGCACUAGCAUGUGGAAUAAUUUUCACCACUACUACACGUACGGCACCUCCCCAUCUUGCCAGCAGUGGAAAGAGGACUACCAGAACUGCAAGGAGUGGGAGAAACACAGGGGUGCCCAGGCCAAGGAAGCCUUGCGGACGAGUGAGAGGAACAGAGUGGCGGCACAGAGAAAGUUCACUCCAGUGUGGGAACUGAGGCGGGAGCCUCCCAGAGACUGGCACAUGCCCCUGAACCAGGAAAAGACUCAGGACUCGUGAACCGCCACUGUUGACCUGCUGUCUCUGUUCCAUAGCGGCCAUAGUGAAAUGAAGAUUCAAGAUUCUUGUCACUUGAUGGACUUGAACAAAAUGCUGGAGAGACUGGUCAUCACUCAUUGUCAUCUCAUGUUGUAUUCAGUGAGCUGCUGUAUGAAAACAGAUGUUUGAUGGCAUUUAUUCAACCAGUGAAUUACAAUAUGAUCUCUGUGAAGGCAGUAUUAUUUCUGCCGUUCAUAAAUAAUUAAUUCUCCUAAGCUUGUGUAAACUGAAGCACAGAGGCAGAUUUCACUCACAGACUCUCUGUAAAUGAAUUUUAAUAGUAAUUUCCUUGUUUAAUGUAAGAUUGGGUCAAAUUAGGCAAUGGGUACAUUUUCAUAAUGUGAGGAUCUGUUGUGCAUUGUUUUAAGGGUUGAUGCUGCACAAUAAUGUACUUCAAACUUUAUACAGAUUAUGUUGCAUCAAACAGGGGAGUUGGCCUUAGUAAGCCUGUCAACAUUUCCCAUAACUCUAACCCAAUAACCCAAGGCCAAGGUAAAUGUGCUGUUUUUGAUGCCGUAAAUGCUCCAUGAUGAAUAUAUAUUUAUGUAUAUUAUUUAUGCAUUAAUAUGACAGAAUUCAGCUUUACAGUAUAAACCCAAACAGAGUUGUGCAUUAGCAGUUUUGCCUUAUGUACCUUAAAUAACAAAAUGUUAAAAAUUAUUCUGAACAAAUAAAGCACAUUUUUAUUA